UGGGCAGGCGGCUCUUUGUCGAAGCUAGAGGACCGGCAGGCGGCAGCAGCAACUACGGCGGCGGCGGCAGAACCCAGCAGUGAUGUGGAGGUGGAGACCCACAGGAGCCCCGGACUUCACCUGAGCUACCUCAGUGGUCACCAAGGGUGGCAAGAAAAGGAAGAAAGCCCUGAGUUGGGUGGGACCAGGAUGCCUGACCGGGACAGCUAUGCCAACGGCACUGGGAGCAGCGGUGGAGGCCCUGGAAACGGUGGCAGCGAGGAGGCCAGUGGGACAGGGGCAGGCAGUGGCGGGGCCAGCUCAGAUGCCAUCUGUAGAGACUUCCUGAGGAAUGUGUGCAAGCGAGGCAAGCGUUGCCGAUAUCGCCAUCCAGACAUGAGUGAGGUAUCCAACUUGGGGGUGAGCAAAAAUGAGUUCAUCUUCUGCCAUGACUUCCAGAACAAGGAGUGUAGUCGCCCAAACUGCCGAUUCAUCCAUGGCUCCAAGGAGGAUGAGGAUGGCUAUAAGAAGACAGGAGAGCUUCCCCCUAGGCUGAGGCAGAAAGUUGCAGCAGGCCUGGGCCUUUCUCCGGCUGACCUACCAAAUGGCAAGGAGGAGGUUCCUAUCUGCCGGGACUUUCUCAAAGGUGACUGCCAGAGAGGAGCAAAGUGCAAGUUCCGUCACCUACAACGGGAUUUUGAAUUUGAUACUCGGGGUGGAGGAGGCACUGGUGGUGGGGGCUCAACAGGCCCAGUCCCCCCAGGACGACGUCAUGAUCUCUAUGAUAUCUAUGACCUCCCUGACAGGGGCUUUGAGGACCAUGAGCCCGUCCCCAAGCGCCGGCGAGGUGGAUGCUGCCCCCCAGAUGGCCCCCAUUUUGAAUCAUAUGACUAUAGCCUGGCUCCACCCCGAGGGGUAGAGUGCAGACUGCUAGAGGAGGAGAAUGCCAUGCUCAGGAAGCGGGUAGAGGAGCUAAAGAAGCAGGUCAGCAACCUUCUGGCUACCAAUGAGGUACUCCUGGAACAAAAUGCCCAGUUCCGCAAUCAGGCCAAGGUCAUGACCCUGAGCUCCACUGCACCAGCAACUGAGCAGACUCUGGCCCCCACUGUGGGUACUGUUGCCACUUUUAACCAUGGCAUUGCCCAGACUCAUACUACGCUCAGUAGCCAGGCUCUACAGCCUCGGCCUGUGUCUCAGCAAGAACUGGUGGCCCCUGCUGGAGCUCCAGCUGCUCCCCCAACUAAUGCUGCACCUCCUGCUGCUCCACCACCCCCACCCCCACACUUGAACCCAGAGAUUACACCACUAUCAGCUGCUCUGGCUCAAACAAUUGCCCAGGGGAUGGCACCCCCACCUGUCUCCAUGGCUCCUGUGGCUGUAUCUGUGGCCCCUGUGGCCCCUGUGGCUGUAUCGAUGGCCCAACCCUUGGCAGGAAUCACAAUGAGCCACACCACUACUCCCAUGGUGACUUACCCCAUCGCUUCCCAGAGCAUGCGUAUUACAGCCAUGCCACACUGAUGGGGCUACUGGACACUCCCCUGGUAUAGCCUCCCAGGGCUGGGAUCCAGGGUCCUUACCCACCCACUUGCCUAGCCAUCCCAGGCCCUGUCUCAAGGGCUCAUUCAAAAACUAGAACAAGAGACUGCAAAGGAGUUUGCUUCUGAGAAGGGGUUGUGCUGGUGGGUUUUCUCUCACCUCCUUUCGAUGAGGGUUCUCUUGUCCAUCUUCAAGUUUCACAGAGGGGGCUUGCAUAGGAGUACAGACUGAAGCCAGCAGAGAGGAAGGACUGACUGAGGGACUGUAUGUCCCCUAAUUGGAAGGUGGCAACAUGCCUGGUCUUGUCCUCUCUUUUGCACAGCACAGGUUCCAGCACUGGCUUUGGAAAAAAAAAAUGCCCUGCCCAGAAGGAAAGCCAGGAAAGGUUGGGAAGUGGGUGGCCAGAUGAGAAGGCCUGGUAGGAGCCUUCAGACAAUUUGGGAUGUAGUUGAGUUGGACAGUAACUACGCCUGGGCCUGUGGGAAGGCGGGGACCAUAGUACUCCAGCCCAAAGACGAGGAGAGCUUUCAUUACCUUGGCUUGGGCUGGAAAUUCAUAGGGCAGGGCCCACCACUUUCCAAAGAAAUAAACAAUUAUUUUUAACAAA